CUUACCGUCAUGCAUCAUUUUAAGUAUUAGAUUCAACCAAAAUAUAAUCUUUUAACUUGGCAAUGAUAACUAUACUGACUUAAUGUUGAAAAGUAACAAAAUAGGAUUUUAGAGAUUUCAAUUUCGGAAUUUAUAAUACAAAAAUUCACUUAGACGGUCGACCGUUUCUAGGAGACGGCCUACCAAUCCGCUAUUGCAUUUCAACCAUGUCAAAUGAAUUCCAACCUAUGUCCCUUGAAGAGCUUGUUGCAUCCAACAUAGCCUUGAAGGCCCAAGUAGAGUACUUGGCCAGAGAGGUAGCCAAGCUGACAAAGCUUAAACUCAACAUGUUCCAAGGAAGUGAUCAUGAUGAUGAUGCUAGUACUAGUGGCAUCAUAAAAACCAAGACCCAAACCAAUGAAACUUCUGACUUCAAAGUUGACAUCCCAACUUUUGAAGGAAAGAACGACCCGGACGAGUUUCUAGAAUGGCUAGAGACAGUAGAACGCAUCUUCCACUUCAAAGAAAUUUCUAAUGAGAAGAAGGUCAAGAUAGGGGCCUUGAAGUUCCGCAAGGAUUCCAUGAAGGUACGCGUGGGAGAAAGAAUGCUCAUUUUGAGUGUGCAAAGUUGCAUUUCCAAAUUUCCCUUUCCCAAGAGCCAAAGGAUUGGAGAAGGUCAAUCAACUUCUAGGCCACCACUCUUUGAUGGCACCAACUACACAUAUUGGAAAGAGCGGAUGAGAAUUUAUAUCCGCUCAACCAACUUCCAAUUGUGGUUGGUCAUCAAGAACGGCGAAGAAACGCCAAUGACGAAGCUUGGGGAGAAACUCGUACCAAAAACCGAGGACGAAUUUGAUGCCGAAGACCUCAAAAAGGUGGAGAACUAUGCUAAGGCAAUCAACAUGCUUUACUGCGCGGUAAGCCCCGAUGAUUAUCGUAAGAUCUCUUGCUGCACAACUGCCAAAGAAAUGUGGGACAAGCUGGAGGUCACAUACGAAGGUACGGACCAAGUUCGAGAAGCCAAAAUUGACUUCCUAACGCAGGAGUACGAGAUGUUUAGGAUGAAGGAAGGUGAAAAGAUCGAUGACAUGUUCAAUCGGUUCUCAAAGAUCAUCAAUGACCUUCAUGCUCUCAAGAAGACUUACGCCAACAAGGAUCUCGUGAGGAAAAUCCUGUGGAGUCUCACACCCGAAUGGAGAUCAAAGGCUGACGCAAUCUACAAAUCCAUCGGAGUCUCCAACGUCACCAUCGACGGGUUAGGAGGUAAUCUCAAAACUUAUGAAUCCACUAUCCUAACUCCGUCUUUGGAUGAACAAAAGAAGAAAGGAAUAACGCUAAAAGCAACCAAAGAGACGGUGGAAGAAGUCUCAAGCGAUGAUGACAACGAGUUUGGACUCGUCAUCAAGAAAUUCCACAAAUUCAUGAAGAAGGAAUUUGAGUGCAAAGAAAGAAAGCACGACGGUCCCCCGAAGUGCUAUGGUUGUGGCGAGAUAGGACACAUCAAGCCGAGGUGUCCAAAAGGCAAAAACGGCAAGGAAAACCCCGGCUUCAAAAAACAACGAGCCUAUAUCUCAUGGGGUGGCGACUCUGGCGACGAGUCAACUGACCAAGAAGAGGAUGAAGCCGCCAACCUCUGUCUCAUGGCACACGAAGACCACGCCGACGAAGUACAACAGAGAAUGAGCCAAGCAGUAGGCAACGAUGGACAGGCUGUCCCACAGGGGGAGCCUGAGCACAUGAGUACCAUUAGUACUAGAAGCGUGUCAAGCGUUGACUCUAGUCGAACCUUCGUGCUUGGUAAGAGACGAAAGAAAAAGAUGCAAAGUUACGAUUCGAAAGAGCGUUACCAACGUGCACAUCGCAAGGCUCGGAUAGCAAGGCUAGGGAUUUGGAAACGCCGGAAAGUGGCGUGGGAAAGAGAUGAUCCAGAGGAAACGUUCAGCAUGGACUCUGCCAACAGUAUAUGCGGCACAUGUGUGGAUAUUCCUUCAGUGGACUCAUCCCGACUCGACGAGUGAGUUACGUGCUAACUUAUGACAAAGUCGAGCGGGUAAAAAAAGGGCCGCUGCCUUUUCCGAUGGACUUCUCAAAUUAAAUACGGAGUAGAACUUAUUGUAGAACCAGAUCCAGAUCUGCCCCAUCUUCGAUGCCCCUCUCGGCCUCUCCCCAAUCUCCAUUAAUCGACGCCACCUUCCCCCCUCUUCCCUUGUAAUUGACGCCAUCUCCCCCAUCUUCGACACCAUCUCCGCUGGAACGAGCAAAAGAUUCCAUUGCCGAGUUCAAUUGCUGGUUUGGGCCUGGACUGUGCGUGAAUUGAAGGCAAGUUCUUCGUUGUUACUGUUUAUCUCGCGAAUAAUAGAAUUUACUUUACCCCUAUUUCAAGCUCAAUUGAAGCCCAAUUUGUGGAGGAUUAUGAGCGAAAUAUAACCUUUAGAGGACUAAAAUGAGGUAAAGUUGAUUCAAUUGAACUGUUUUGUAUUGAGAGCAAUUGUCUAAAUUCUUAUUGAUAACGAUUGUCACUUGUGUCCUUAAGGUGUUUGUCUAUAUGCAUUGAGAAACACAACAGAUGGCUUAGCUGCUAGCUUAUCCACA